GAUGAUAAGGAUCUGGUCCAUGAGUUUGUGAUGGCAGAGGGUCUGACCUGUCUCAUCAAGGUUGGAGCAGAGGCCGACCAGAACUACCAGAAUUACAUCCUUAGAGCUCUGGGACAGAUCAUGCUGUAUGUGGAUGGGAUGAAUGGAGUCAUCUGUCACAUUGAGACCGUCCAGUGGCUCUACGCUCUCAUUGGCUCAAAGUUCCGCCUGGUGGUGAAGACUGCUCUGAAGUUGUUGCUGGUGUUUGUGGAAUACUCAGAGUCCAACGCCUCUCUACUUAUAGAGGCCGUCACUACUGUAGACACCAAGAGAGGUUGUAAGCAGUGGUCUAAUGCCAUGGAGAUCUUAGAUGAGAAGGAUGGAGUGGACACAGAGCUGCUGGUCUACGGUAUGACCCUCAUCAACAAGACCCUGUCAGCAUUACCUGACCAGGACUCCUUCUAUGACAUGGUGGAUGGGUUGGAGGACCAGAGGAUGGAGGCUGUAGCUAAGAGGUUCCUGGGGAGGAGAGGAACUGACCUGGACCUGAUGGAGCAACUCAAUAUCUACGAGGAUACACCUGCGACUCUACGUCAUGAGGAUGGCGAUGAUGAAUCUAAUCCGCCCACAGGGCUCUCUGGCCUCAAGGACCGCCGCCGCGCCAGCUUCGGGGACAAGAGGAGGGGCCUGGAGAGGAGGCGGAGCCGCAGAGCAUCUCUAGGGCGGUCUGGGAACGCCUCGCCCUGCAGCCCGUCCACUCAACACUCCGGGUUCCAACCCUUCAAGGGACAAGGAGGAGAAGACAUGAGCAAGAGAACUGGAGUUCAAAGUCCUGUCACACCAGCAAAUAAGUCUUCUCUGGGUGGUCUCCUCUCCUCCUCCUACAGACAGCAUCAGGAGUCCCUGUCGGCCGAGAGAGAGACGUCGUGCAGAGAGAGAGGAAAGACUGCAGAGGAUAGAGAGAGAGGAGAGGAACAAACACAGUCGAGACUAUGUGGACAAAAUGGAAGAGGCCAGGAUGGCACGGGAUGA